UGCCAUGAGAAGUGAAUCAAGGGCGAGGUAAAGAGGGAGUGUGCGUCUACUAUACGAAUAUGUAAAGACAGGGCCGUGACUUGUUCUCACAAUUACACAUUGAUGGCUGGGAACACCCACUGCAUAUCUACUAAGACACAUGAUAAAGGCUUGUGCAUACUUUAUGCUAUUGCUUUCAUGUGCUGCUGAUCUGAGAGCAGGUACUGCUGAUGGUCAUUCACGUCUGCACAGCAGUAGAUCAGUAGGGAUCCCCCGACAUCUUGGGUGCGACUGCUGCACCUACCAUCCAAGGCACAAGUUGAGGCAAUGGCUUUUCAACAUAGGAAGAGUUUCCAUCAAGCCAAAUGGAAUGAAACAAGCAGAAGGAACUCGGAAAGUCCAUGUACACUUGAUGUAAGCUCCAUGAAUUUGGAUAACUAGCUUUAGACACGC